CGCCCACAGUUAAAUACCAUCCUUUGCGCUUGAGCUCCCGCUUUUGCGUGAUUACCAUCCACUCACGAGCGCCAGGUACCGCGCCCCUCAGCUCGAACAGUGAAUCGCUCUCAGUCUGCUGCGCGUGUGAGUUGUGCCAGUGAGAACGAAUGCCCAGCGAUGAGGCCGGGAGAAACUGCGAGUAGAGUCUACGCACUUACCGCAUUUUUGAUGCUUUUCAAACGAGUUCAGUCCGGUGAGAACGAGACACAGCUGAUACAGCUGUUGAUGGACGUUGAUACUGGCGUGGACGAUGCGAUGGCCAUUACGUUUGCCGGUACAUCUCCGAACGUGUGUUUAAGGGCAAUUACCGUAGUGGCUGGCAACACAAACCUGUCAAAUGCCUACAACAACACCCUGAGGGUACUGAACCGGAUAAACCGCACGGACGUUCCAGUCUACAAAGGCGCUGACCGUCCGAUCGACGGAUUCUGGGAUUACGAGGCUGUGUACUUCGGUGAAGACAACUUCGGCAAUGCAGGUGGCCUUUACGAGAUGGGAAACAACAGCGCUGGAGACAUACACCAAUAUGGCUACGUGAAAAUGAUUGAACUCAUCAAAAACCAUACGAACCAGCUAACACUGAUGAUGUUGGGUCCGUUGACAAACCUGGCCAUAGCGCUUCUUGUGGAACCGAAUAUCACGAAGCAAGUCAGAGCUAUUUACAUCCUCGGCGGAAACAUUCGCGGUAUGUGUUUGGAAUCAACAUUUCUACUCAGCGUGACAUUUUGUUGAAUAUGACGCUUUACUUGCCUGUAAU